AUGGAACAAAGAGAUUGGAACGAGUUGCCCAUUCACUGUCUCGUUGAGAUUUUUGGGAGAGUCGGAAUUGAAUCACUCGUAGAGACUAUCCCUUUAGUCUGCAAGUAUUGUUCCAAACCUCCGAAGCCGAUAUUGGAAAUAGACGAGGAUUCAUGGUCAGAUUUUUGUCUCAUGAAACCACUUGACUAUACCAAGUAUGCCGAUGAUUCAGUAGACAAGUUCCUUCAAUUUGCAAUCAAGCGUAGCCAUGGACUUGUAACCACGAUUGUGUUUCACCCUGAAUCGCUUUUGAAAGCUGGCCAAAUUGCAUGGAUGGCUCAAAGAUGUCCCUCUUUAAAGCAAUUGGUUUUACCAAGCUAUUUGAGCUAUGUGAUUAACUUUGAAGUUUCAAACUCUAUCUGCAACUGGAAAGAAUUAGAGGCUUUACAAAUUGCAUCCUUGAUCGGAUUGAAGAAAACCAUUGCCAACAUUAGUAAACACUGUCACAACUUCAAUCAUUUAAGCAUUUAUGUUCCAUGGCUCGAUGCAGAUGUGGCUUUAGCCAUAGCGUCCCAACUACCACACAUUAAGACUCUAGAUUUAAGGUAUUCGGCCAUUGAAAGGGACGAUCUAAUCGUGAUCCUAAAAGGGUGCCAGGAACUUCAGCAACUCGAUGUUAGCAAGUUUAAAGGUGUGGCUGGCGAUCAAGAGAUACAGGAACUUGCAAGUCGUAUUCAUGUAUUUAAACAUGAGGGAUCCCUUGCCUUAUUUUCAUCAACAAUACAGUUGUAAUUGUAGUUUAGUUUGUAUUGUGUGCAUGGCUUCAAUACUGGAGCAUGUAGAAUAAAGAAUCAUGUAUCAUUUAGUAAUGACAAAGAAAUUUGUAAUUGGCAUAUGAAGUGAAAGCA